AUGGCUGCGAGGUGGCUGCUACUGCUGGCGCUCCUCGCCGCCCACGCUGCGGCUCUUCCUGAUUUCAUUAGGAUAGGCGGGCUGUUUCAUCCGUCGGACGACAAGCAGGAAGUGGCCUUUCGCUACGCCGCGGAGAAGAUCAACGCCAACCGGGACAUCCUGCCCAAGUCUCGCCUCAGCGCUCAGGUCGAGGUGAUACAGCCGCAAGAUAGUUUCCACGCCUCGAAACGAGUGUGCCAUCUACUGCGAGGCGGCGUGGCAGCGAUUUUUGGACCGCAGAGCGCACAUACGGCAUCUCAUGUGCAGAGCAUUUGCGACACCAUGGAAAUUCCGCAUUUGGAGACACGUUGGGACUACCGGCUUAGACGGCAGAGCUGCCUCGUCAACCUCUAUCCUCAUCCCACCACUUUGUCCAAGGCGUACGUCGAUCUGGUGAAGGCCUGGGGCUGGAAGAGUUUUACCAUUAUCUACGAGAACAACGAGGGGCUUGUGCGAUUGCAGGAACUUCUGAAAGCGCACGGACCUAGCGAAUUUCCCAUUACGGUUAGACAGCUGAGCGAAGGAUCGGAGUAUCGGCCGCUGCUAAAACAAAUAAAAAAUUCCGCGGAGUCGCAUAUCGUAUUGGAUUGUUCCACCGAGAGGAUCUACGAUGUGUUGAAACAAGCGCAACAGAUUGGAAUGAUGAGCGACUAUCACAGCUACCUUAUCACAUCACUGGACUUGCAUACCGUCGACUUAGAAGAAUUCAAGCAUGGCGGGACCAAUAUCACUGCCUUUCGAUUAGUGGAUCCAGAAAAGCCAGAAAUUCAAAAGGUAAUUCAAGAUUGGAUCUACGGUGAGAAACGCUAUAAUCGUGAGCUUGACAUGGGACAGAACAGUAACAAGAAUAAUUUAACUACUAUAAAGACUGAAACAUCGUUGUUGUACGACGCUGUCCAUCUCUUUGCCAAAGCAUUACACGAUCUCGACACGUCCCAACAAAUCGAUAUCAAACCAUUAUCCUGCGAAUCAACGGAUACUUGGCCUCAUGGAUACUCUCUUAUCAAUUACAUGAAAAUUGUGGAGAUGACAGGGCUCACGGGUAUUAUCAAGUUCGAUCAUCAGGGAUUUCGCUCCGACUUCGUUCUAGACAUCAUCGAGCUGAAUAACAAAGAAGGCUUGAAGAAAAUCGGUACUUGGAAUAGUACCAAAGGUAUCAACUUUACGAGAAGCUACGGUGAUGUUUACAGUCAAAUCGUUGAAAACUUGCAGAAUAAGACUUUCAUCGUGACGACUAUACUGAGCGCGCCAUACUGUAUGCGGAAGGACUCGAGUGAGAAACUUACCGGAAAUGCGCAAUUCGAAGGCUACAGCGUCGACUUGAUUUACGAGAUAUCGCGGCUGCUAGGAUUCAAUUAUACGUUCCGACUUGUGCCGGAUGGACGUUACGGCUCGUACAAUCCGCAGACGAAGGAAUGGGACGGGAUGAUGAAGGAGCUACUCGAGCAAAAGGCCGAUCUCGCGAUCGGUGAUCUCACCAUCACGUACGACCGGGAACAGGUUGUGGAUUUCACGACGCCGUUCAUGCCUUUAGGGAUCAGCAUACUUUACCGCAAACCCAUAAAGCAACCGCCGAAUUUGUUCUCGUUCCUCAGCCCUCUUAGCCUCGACGUUUGGAUCUACAUGGCAACGGCUUAUCUCGGGGUCUCCGUGCUCCUCUUUAUAUUAGCUAGAUUCACGCCGUAUGAAUGGUACAACCCGCAUCCGUGCAACAAAAAUCCGGACCAUCUGGAGAACCGCUUCAAAUUCUUUAACUGCUUGUGGUUCACCAUUGGCUCCCUAAUGCGGCAGGGUUGUGAUAUUCUGCCAAAGUUCAGCCCCUACGAGUGGGAGAACCCCCAUCCAUGCAACGGGCAGUCCGAAGUCCUCGAGAACGAGUUCACCCUAAUGAACUCGCUCUGGUUCACCAUAGGCUCUCUCAUGCAGCAAGGCUCCGAUAUAGCGCCGAAGGCCGUGUCGACUCGCAUGGUCGCUGGUAUGUGGUGGUUCUUCACGCUGAUCAUGAUCUCCUCUUAUACGGCUAAUCUCGCGGCUUUCCUCACCGUCGAGAGGAUGGAUUCGCCGAUUGAAAGCGCCGAAGAUCUCGCUAAGCAGACGAAAAUCAAAUAUGGUGCUCUCAAAGGCGGCAGCACGGCGGCUUUCUUCAAG